CAACAUGACAGCUAUGAGUGAAACCCCGACUUUAAAUGCUGCAGAAGGAGCAGAAACAGAGGAAGAAACUAAACUACAGAUAAUAAAAGGUGCAGCGUUCCUCACCACGGUGGCGUCUGCAGGGAUGCUAGCAGGGUUCGGCUCCACGUUAGCGUUAGCCAAGAAGAAAAGCCCCAACUGGUUCAGUAAGGGCGUCAUGGCAACGGCGGCGGUCCCAGAGAGCGGUGCGUCUCUGGCCCUCAGAGCGCUGGGUUGGGGGUCUCUGUACGCCUGGUGUGGAGUCGGCCUGCUCAGCUUCAGCGUGUGGAAAGCUCUCGGAGUUCACAGCCUGUCAGAGUUCAGACUGAAGAUGCAAUCCUUCUUCCCGGCCAUCCCGAAGACUCCCGAAGCUCCAGGAUCCGAACCUCUGGACUGGGACUCGGUCUUUAAGUCCAAGUGAAGAACCGAACGAGACUCAAAAGACUGAAAAUAACAGAAGUGACAUUUUUCGUCUCCGGCUGCUGUUGGUGCUGAUUUCUGUGAAGUCUGAACAGGAAGUGGAGAUUCU